AUGCUCCCCCCAAGCUCCUUCCCUUUCUUCCCCCUCAUCUGCCUCAUCCUCUCCUUCAUCUUCUGCCUCUACCGCCUCCAAACCCCCAUCCUCACCUACUACCGCCGCCGCCGGCAUCACCAACGCCAACACAACCUAACCCAAGACCACUAUCUCCCCCUCGCAAUCGACGAUUCCCACCGAGACAGUCUUACCUCCUCGCAAUCCCACAACACACAGAUCACGGCCCACCACCCGGAGGAGCUCCGAGCCCUUCCCGACUCCGUUCCCCCCGCUACACCCUUGAGUAGAUACUUCGAUCCGCAGACCGCGCUACUCUAUGGACAUGUCUUUGAGCGGAGGACGGUCCCGCCUUCGCCGCGGUGGGAGCGUGAGAUGGAGUUUAGGGGGCGUGGUGGCGAGCAGGGGAUGGGCUCGUGGUUUGAGCGGGGGGUCGAAUGCGUGGUGAGGUAUUAUGAGGAGUUGGCUUGGGGGCGUUGA